AUGUCUGUAGUAGGCUUUGAUUUCGGUAAUGUAAACAGUUUCAUCGCUGUGGCACGUCAAGGUGGUAUCGAAACGAUCGCAAAUGAUUACUCUUUACGAGCUACUCCAUCCUGUGUAGCAUUUACAACCCGAGGUCGUUCGAUGGGUGUUGCUGCACGGCAGCAGUUGAAUACCAACAUUAAAAACACCAUUAUCAAUUUUAAACAUCUGCUGGGACGAAAAUUUAGCGACCAAGUCACCCAAAAAUACCGGAAAUUCAUACCAUGUGAAAUGAUUCAGUUACCAAAUGAUGACAUUGGAUUGAAGGUCCAAUAUUUUAAUGAAGAACGAGUUUUUACCCCAGAACAGGUGGUGGCAACAUUUUUGGUUAAAUUAAAGGAUAUUACGGAAAAUAGUUCGCACGGAAUGAGGAAUGUCACCGAUUGUGUGGUGUCGGUUCCAUUUUACUUUGCUGAUGCUCAACGACGUGCUUUGCUGACAGCCGUCCGAAUUGCAGGCUUAAAUUGCUUACAAAUUCUCAACGAAACCACAGCUGUUGCUCUUGCAUAUGGUAUUUACAAACAAGAUUUGCCAGCUGAGAACGAAGCGCCUAGAAUUGUUGCAUUCAUCGACGUUGGACAUUCCGCUGCACAAGCUGUCCUUGUUGCAUAUAAUAAAGGCAAACUCACUGUACUUGGCGCAACAUAUGAUCUCGAAGUUGGUGGCCUCGCUUUUGAUGAUGUAAUACGGGAAUACUUCAGCAAAUUAUUCUAUGAUACUUAUAAGAUCGAUGUUACUAGUAAUAAACGGGCAUGGUUCCGACUUCUGGACGAAUGCGAAAAAAUUAAAAAGCAAAUGUCAACGAAUAGUACAUCUAUACCACUGAAUAUUGAAUGUUUCAUGAAUGAUAUGGAUGUCACUGGAAAGAUGCAGCGUUCGCAGUUUGAAGAGCUCGCACAACCACUUCUAGAUCGUGUGCGCGUUUUGCUGGCAAAUUUACUAAGUGAAUGUGGAAAGAAAGCAGAAGAAGUGGAGUCAGUCGAAUUAGUCGGCGGUACAUCUCGUAUUCCGGCAAUCAAAAAGAUUACUUCUGAAGUGUUUGGGAAGGAACCGAAAACUACGAUGAAUCAGGAUGAAGCUGUAGCUCGAGGUGCUGCGAUGAAAUGUGCUAUUCUUUCACCAGCAUUUAAAGUUCGAGACUUUUCGGUGAAAGACAGUCAACCAUACAGAAUCAAACUUUCGUGGGCACGAAUUGGACAAAGUGAAGGAGGCGAGAAUGAUGUAUUUAUUGAGCAUGAUGAAUUUCCUUAUUCCAAAAUGCUUACACUCUAUCGACAGGAACCAUUUCAAGUUGAUGCCAGUUAUUCAUAUCCCAAUCAAGUUCCACAUCCAGCACGACAUAUAGGCUCAUGGGUUAUCAAAAAUGUUGCACCUGGACCAAAUAAUGAAGCAAAAAAAGUGAAAGUGAAAGUUCGAAUCAAUCCUAAUGGUAUAUUUUCGGUUUGCUCUGCGAAUACUUUCGAAACCGUCGAAACAAGUCCAUCUGAUACUCAGAUUCAAAAAGCACCUGAAGCAAUGGAAACUGAUGACGCUAAAGGCAAUCAGGAAAAAGAAGAAAAUACAAAUGCAUCAUCUAAUGAUGUUGUCCUUCCUGCUGAAGAAGAAGAGAAAUUACCAAAUAGCAGUGCACCGAAAAUUAAAACAGUUACAGUGGAUUUACCGGUUGAAGAACACGUCCCCUGUAUUGUAGCUAACGAACCGCAAGUAAUACAAUUCGAGAAAGAAAUGCAAGGAAAAGAUCGUGUGGAAAAAGAAAAAGCAGAUGCGAAAAAUGCUGUUGAAGAAUACGUGUAUUAUAUGCGAGACAAAUUAUCAGAUGUAUUCGCAGAAUUUAUCUCUGAUGAGGAUGCCGAAAACUUGCGAGCAUUAUUAACCAAAACAGAGGACUGGCUCUAUGAUGAAGGUGAAGAUGUUGAAAAGAAGAUAUACGACGCUAGGAUGUGUGAGCUGAAGAAAAUGGGUGAUCCUGUUCAGGAACGGCAUCGUGAAUAUGAAAAUCGAAAGAAUGCUUUCGAUGAGUUCGAUCGAGCUAUUAUCAGAGCGCGUAAAGCUUACGAUGAAUAUACAAAAGGAAGUGAGAAAUAUGCGCAUCUUGGAUCAAGUGAUAUGGAGAAGGUAAUAUCUGCGGUGGAAGAGAAAAAGAAGUGGUUGGAUGAUCAAAGAAAUCGCCAGGAAAUGCGCAAGAAAACUGAACCUCCAAUCAUUUUCGUUUACCAAAUACAGGAUGAGCAGCAGAAAUUUGAAAGUAUUAUUUUACCAAUACUGAACAAACCAAAACCAUCACCACCAAAAGCGGAACCUGCGAAGGAACCAGAAAAAGGAAGUGAUGGUCAAAAGGGCGAAAAUCCUGCUUCCGAUCAUGCACCGAAAACUGAUGCUAACAAUGUAAAUGAGCUUGGAAUGGAGGUCGAUUGA